UUUAUAGCUAUUUAUCUUAAUAGUUCUGUCAUUCCUUAACACACGCAAAAGGAAGUUAAAAAUGUGCGGGGGCAAAACUAUUGGUCGUCCAGGGUUGUGCAUUCCGGUGAACUUGGUGGACAGUUACGAAAAUAGACUUGGAUUUGCUUGUGCGUUCGGUGCUACGACAUCGAAAUGCUUGGACAUCCUGUUUUAUGGGGACUAUACUGAGAUAUUCCCCAGGGGAGCAAUCGCAGCCUUUGAAAAAAUGCCCUCGUACACGUCAAUUGUAUGGAAGAUAAUGGCCAUGUUGGUUAUUGGUAUCGCUUAUUACCCUCUAUUUGCCUGUAUGUCCUCUAAAUGGAAGAUUACUGGCUACGUCUUCGGUUUCCUAUACUCCACUAUGUGGAUUAUCUUUGUAUUGUUGAAGCCCAUUCAGUGUCCGGAGUUUGCUGGACUUUUAUUUGCUGUUGAGCUACCCACGUUUUUGUGUUUGAUCUACCUUUCGGUGAAGUACUUAGUGUUAUUGGUUAGAGGAAUAUAUAGGAGAUGCCGUCCGGAUGCUUCUGAAAAAGACGACGAAAAUGAGUGGAUGACGUUUUACAAAUACAAAUACGUCGUCAAACUUUUAGAGCCAGUACCAAAGGAAUUCAGAGACAAAAGCGGGGAAACUUCUUUAAAAGGAAAGCUGAAAAGAAAGCUUUACAAGUGGAGACCAGAUUUCAAGUACUCGACGCGAGUCGUUUGCAUAUACGUGGUCGGCUUUAUCGGGAUAUAUAUGAUACUUCUUAUAGACUGUUGGUCUGCAAUGCAACUUCUUCAGUUACGGGACGUGAUUGUCGACGGUUAUGUGGCUACCGUUGAUACAGUCAGAGAAUGGCUUAUGAUUGGAGUAGUGUCCAUUUUUGUGGCUGCUGGAGUAGCUGGAAUUCACAGUAUAAUACUAGCGGCAAACAUGCUGUCAUGGUACAGAGGGCAUUUAUUACGUCUUCAACGUGGGGAAAAAGAUUUUCUUCCAGCACAAUUCUUUAACAAAAACCCCUCUGCCAUCACGGUUUCAACAUUGAAAUACGCAGGCUUCCAGGUGGCUUAUUUGUGUUGGGGUGUGACGAUCACGACGAUAACUGUGGCCCUUAUCGUUUUCGUCAUUGGACAACAGCUCAUCAUGCCCACGGUGCGCGGAAACUUCGACUCUUUUCUCUGGUUGAAGCUCCUUAAUCUCUGGCCCGCCGUCUUGAUUUCCUUGGUGUUCUUCUUCUUCCAGUUGUUGAUGGCCAAAUACGCCUUUUUAGUGGAUAAGGAUAGAACACUGGCCCUGGAUAACAGGCGCCUAUUCCAUAUCUGCACCUAUUUUUUAUUUUUCUUCAAUAUUUUUCUUGGAGUUGUAUCAUGUCUCAAGCGCAUUUUGAUUGGCGCUCUUCUUGGGGUCGUGUUUCUUGCACGAACACAAAAGAGUGUUAUAUCACGUGAUUGGGAACUGAAGGAUCCAGGGUUUAAUGCGUACGUUGGAUAUCUUCUUUUGGAACACUCUCAUGCUAAUCCAGUGCUGGUUACAUUUUGUCGACUGCUAACCAAGACGCUUAACGACAGAGCAGCUUUAGAAAUGUCAGAGGACUCUGCUAAAACAAACCAUGCUUUUCAUUCUUCAUCCUCAAACAACCAAGUUAGUAUCGAGCUUGGUGACAGCUCGAGCAAGAGAAUGAACCAAACUGUUCGCAAUCGUUGGCAGCUGCUUCUUACGCUGCAUAACAACCCAUCGCUUAAGGAGCACAGGCGAUCGGAACUCUUCGUUCAAAAGUCGCCGCUGACGGCUUUUGGAGUAAUGAUAAAGAAAGGCAUGAUGCCGUACAGGGUUCACGAGGAAAAGGAAAGGGAGAAUGAGUCUGGUGUCGAAGAUAUCAAGCUGUGAGUUGCAACAGUAACUCAAAUCAUAGCUCACAAGAUAUUUUAUUGAUGAAAGAUGAUUUCAGUCCUGGUUAUAAACAGAAAAUAUGCUUAUGAUUGAUCCGCCAAUAUUCCUUCCGGGAAAGCAGAAAUAUGCGUAUUCGGUAUAUUCUGUGUCUUCAAAAGAGAAGAACAAAUCUUAUAAAGUACUUGAAUUUUCUUUUUAUCUGGUAUAGAAAGAAAAAAGGCUCGUGGCAACGGUUGAUAUAUCAAAGAAGCUCAAAGAGAAUGAGGCAUCAUGCUCGUUCCAUCUGGAAGUUCGUAGUGGAUACUAGCACCUUUGCACCUUUCGACGAUGGUGGUAGAUUUAUUAAACUUAUGUUGCCGAAAAAAUUAUGAUCUUUAAUCAUACCGGUAUAAAUAAACAUUGAUUUUGCCUAUAUAGGGAUAUGAGUCUUUUGUCAAUGUAUGUUUAGACUCUAUGUUCCUUUAUAUAUACAUAUUAUGAGGCCAACUUAUGAUUUGCAAUAUUUAUUUCGUCCACGCCGACAAAUCUAAUGGUACUAACCUUUUGAAUGUAAACAAUAUUAUUAAAGAAUUGCACAUUUCAAUUUCUUAA